GAGCCCGCGUGAACUGGAGGCCGGGGAGCGCCGGCUGGAGGCUGGAGCUUCCGGGCCCUGGAAAGGGGUCCCCACGCGUCCCGAGUCGGAGGCAGACCCCUGGGUUUGAGGGGAAUGGGCAUUUGGGGGCGCCUGAACCCAAGACCUCUGGAUGAGCUGCCCCGUCCAGAUCAUGGAUCCUGAGGUGACCCUGCUGCUGCAGUGCCCUGGCGGGGGCCUGCCCCGGGAGCAAGUACAGGCCGAGCUGAGCCCCGCCCACGACCGACGCCCACUGCCAGGUGGGGACGAGGCCAUCACUGCCAUCUGGGAGACCCGGCUAAAGGCCCAACCCUGGCUCUUCAACGCCCCCAAGUUCCGCCUUCACUCAGCCACCCUGGCGCCCAUUGGCUCUCGGGGGCCACAGCUGCUUCUGCGCCUGGGCCUUACUUCCUACCGAGACUUCCUGGGCACCAACUGGUCCAGCUCAGCUGCCUGGCUGCGACAGCAGGGGGCCACCAACUGGGGUGACACGCAGGCCUAUCUGGCGGACCCACUGGGGGUGGGCGCUGCACUAGCCACGGCCGAUGACUUCCUUGUCUUCCUGCGCCGCUCCCGGCAGGUGGCUGAGGCCCCUGGGCUGGUGGAUGUGCCUGGUGGGCACCCUGAGCCUCAGGCCCUGUGCCCUGGUGACAGCCCCCAGCACCAGGACCUCGCUGGGGAGCUGGUGGUACGUGAGCUCUUUUCCAGUGUCCUUCAGGAGAUCUGUGAUGAGGUGAACCUGCCGCUACUCACCCUGAGCCAGCCCCUGCUGUUGGGCAUCGCUCGAAACGAGACCAGUGCUGGCCGAGCCAGUGCCGAGUUCUAUGUCCAGUGCAGCCUGACUUCUGAGCAGGUGAGAAAGCACUACCUGAGUGGGGGACCCGAGGCCCACGAGUCUACAGGAAUCAUCUUUGUGGAGACACAGGUGCAGAGUGACAAACCAUCUUGCUUGGAGGCCAGGGCUGGGGCCUGCAGAGGCCUGGCAAUGCAUUAUCUCGUAGGGGAGGUGUUGGCUGGGUCACAGUUCCCUCCAGAGGCACAAGAUCUGCCCUUAGUGCAAGGGAAAGGUCCAGGGACCUGUUCAGCCCCUUAACAUGCCUCCCUAAGGACAGUGCAGAGGUCUCUGAGGCUCAGGAAUUCUGGGCACAGCCCUGGCAGGAGAUGUGGCAAGCUUGAAUGCCUGGGUCUUGUUGUCUCCCCACAGAACGUGCGGAGAUUGCAGGAGACGGAGAUGUGGGCUGAACUCUGCCCCUCGGCCAAAGGCGCCAUCAUCCUCUACAACCGGGUUCAGGGAAGUCCCACCAGAGCAGCCCUAGGGUCCCCAGCCCUACUCCCACUGCUCUGAAGAUAAUAAAGGACUUUAUU